AUGUUUGUAAAAGAGUGGUUAAGAGUGAAGAGACCUAAAGGUGCUAAAAUCAAGGACAUGCUGAGUGAGCGGCAGCAACAAGCAUUAAGGAGUGUGUUGAAAGAUUGGGCCAAAAAGGACUUUGAGGUUUAUUAUUUUGUUAAAAGGUACCAAGGCAAGUGGUUUAAACAGUGUGAACUUGUUAAAACUGUGCAGUGUCCAGAGUUGAGCCCUAAUAUGGAUUACCUUGUAUUUUCUUUCUUACAGAUAUUGGUGCAGGUUAAAGAAAUUCUAUCCAAAUUACCUAGUCUAGUAGAAACCACACUUCAAGAUACACAGAAGUUCACGAUAUGUGGUGACAUUCAUGGCCAGUUUUAUGACUUACUAAAUAUAUUUGACCUUAAUGGACUUCCAUCGGAGACAAAUCCUUAUUUGUUUAAUGGAGAUUUCGUAGAUCGAGGCUCCUUCUCUGUCGAAGUUAUAUUAACACUUUUUGGAUACAAAAUUCUUUAUCCAGAUCAUUUUCACUUGCUAAGAGGCAAUCAUGAAACGGACAAUAUGAAUCAGAUGUAUGGGUUCGAGGGGGAAGUAAAAGCCAAAUAUUCUUCUCAGAUGUUCGAGCUUUUUAGUGAAGUGUUUCAGUGGUUGCCAUUGGCUCAGUGUAUCAAUGGGAAAGUCCUGGUAAUGCAUGGUGGUCUGUUCAGUGAAGAUGGGAUUACUUUGGACGAUAUCAAGAAGAUUGACAGAAACCGUCAACCUCCUGAUUCAGGACCAAUGUGUGACUUGCUGUGGUCUGAUCCUCAAAUACAGAAUGGUCGGUCAGUGAGUAAACGAGGAGUGAGCUGCCAGUUUGGACCAGAUGUAACCAAUAAAUUCCUGGAGCAAAACAGUCUAAAGUAUAUUAUUCGUAGCCAUGAGGUAAAGCCUGAUGGGUAUGAAGUUGCACAUGAUGGGAAAUGCAUCACAGUGUUCUCUGCUCCAAAUUAUUGUGACCAGAUGGGUAAUAAAGGUGCCUAUAUUCGUCUCAUAGUCUCAGAUCUGAAGCCAGAAUUUCAUGAGUUCACUGCAGUGCCACACCCGAAUGUGAAACCUAUGACGUAUGCAAACACUCUGCUGCAGCUUGGCAUGAUGUAGAAGCAAGGUCUGUUUAAGGCAGAAUAGGCAUCCUCUGCUUCUUUUGCAGUUAUCACAGUGUGAUCUUGCAGCAAGGAAUCUCCGUGGCAUUGAUGCGUAUGCUGAUGGAGAAUAAGAGCAGGAGUAUCGUCAGAGCUAUUUAACUGUGUGUGUUCCAAAUCGCAAGCUUUAAUGUAAACGUGUUGAACAUGAAAAUCAGCCAUUAAUUAAAUUCAGAGUAAUGGCUCACUGCACAACAAAAGUUUAUAUAUCUCCAAUCUUCCCUGUAAUUAUAUGUAACUAUGUAACAAAUAAAAAGAUAAGUAUCUUUUUGUAAAAUCAGUUUUCUGGGGACUGCUUUAAGCAAUAAGUGAUUCGUCUGCUAAACAGAUUGUAACAUAUGAGGGGCCUUGGAAUUAAGUAAAUUACAGCCCCACUAAAAAGGAAUUGGUAAAUUACAGCCCCACAGAAAAGUGAAGACUUUUUUCUGUUAAGCUGCUCUUGAGUAAAGUACUGCUAGGUGUUUUCUGAAGAAAACAUUUAGUGGGAAGUAAGGUCAGUAAAUAUUGAGAAAACAGGAGUAACUCCUAUGUCGACUCAUGGACUGGUAUAUUGUUUUGCUGCACAAAACGAGCAUUUUUAUGUGGAGGCCUGUUGUGUUUAGAUAUGAAUGCUAGUCUGUAAAAAGCAUCUGUUAUGCUACUGCCUUGUCAACCCUAUUGGGACUAGCAGGAAUUACUGUAGUAUAAUUGUUCAUAAUAUAAAACCCAACUUCAUGUC